UUCCUUUCUUCCUUAUCAUCUCGCUCUCUCUGUUCUUCGUCGACGCGCUCGGGUACUUAAUCGGGAGACGGGAACGAACGGCCAACAGCUGUUGCUCGUUGACAGUACACUAUCGGCCGUCGUGGUACAUGUGUCGUCUCGCGUGUCGGCACGAACGUAACGCGCAUCUUGGAAGACACGUUAACGUUACACACGAAAUCGACAGCGUUCCUUGGAAGAGACGAAAACGUCGUUUUACUCCGCGCUUUUCUUUCACGCUUUUCGCACACGAGAGUGUGCGUAAUCCCGUGAUCGUGACCGCGAUUUUUUCGCGGAUAACGCGGAACACCCGUUGCGUAUAACCUUCGUUUCUGGGCGUGAAGGACUCGUGCGGAUCCUUGGAAGCGAGAAAGAAGGCAGGGUACAGGGAAGGAGGAAGUGAACGACGUGGAAAACGAUCCGGCGAGUGUUGUCGUCGCGUCACCAAGUCGGAGCGACAAGGGCAACAUGAAUCUGUCAUUCGCUGGCUGCGGCUUCCUCGGCAUCUACCACGUCGGCGUGGCGGUCUGCUUCAAAAAGUACGCGCCGCACUUGCUGCUGAACAAGAUAAGCGGCGCGUCCGCGGGCGCUAUCGCCGCGUGCUGCCUGCUCUGCGACCUACCUCUAGGCGAAAUGACGAGCAACGUAUUACGCGUGGCACGUGAAGCGCGACAACGCACGCUCGGACCGUUCAGUCCAUCCUUCAAUGUGCAAGAGAUACUGCUGGACAGCCUGCGAAAGUUUUUACCAGAUGAUGCACAUACCCGUGUAAAUGGUAAAUUACACAUCUCUCUAACCAGAGUGUAUGACGGCAAGAACGUAAUCGUUUCCCAAUUUAACUCAAAGGAAGACUUGCUGCAGGCUCUACUAGCUACUUCGUUCGUGCCGCUGUUUUCUGGUUUGUUGCCACCACGAUUUCACGGGAUCAGAUACAUGGACGGCGGUUUCAGCGAUAAUCUUCCUACGCUCGAUGAAAAUACUAUUACCGUUAGUCCGUUCUGCGGAGAGAGCGAUAUCUGCCCGAGGGAUAUUUCAUCUCAACUUUUUCACGUCAAUGUCGCCAAUACAAGCAUAGAGCUCUCUAGACAAAACAUAUACAGGUUUACGAAGAUACUUUUUCCGCCUAAAACGGAGACUCUCUCGAGUAUGUGUAAGCAAGGAUUUGACGAUGCGUUACGAUUUUUACAUCGUAAUAAUCUACUGAACUGCACAAGGUGUCUCGCUGUUCAGUCUACAUACAUAGUUCAGGAAACGAUCGACGAUGGUAUGGAAUAUGAUCCGGAAUGUGUAGAAUGUAAAAUGCAUAGACAGGAAGCAUUGGUAGCUAAUAUGCCUGAGACUGUGAUGACAAUAUUCCAAGAUGCUAUAGAUUCUGCCAACAAGGGACUUAUUAACUGGUUGUUUAAGCAUCGUAGUAUGAAGCUGUUGUCGUUGUUGAGUUUACCUUGUACACUACCGGCAGAUGUAAUGUACGCUACAAUCACAAAUCUGAUUGGUAACAAGAUAGAAUCUCGUACCUUGGAAUUCAAAGUAGUCGGAAAUGUUCUGCGUACCCCGCAACAGGCACUUACUCACAAUAAGCAUUUAACACACUCUCGAUUCAUUACGAGCGUUCCAAAGCUACGACAUAACUUAGCGGAAUUAACUAAAUUUGUCUUACAACAAUUGAGUAUAAUGUUCCCGAAGAUUAAUGUUUAUGCUGAGCCAUUGCCUCAAACGAUCAAGUGUUAUUUCAACAUUAUGGAAUUCGAUACGAAUACUUAUGAUGUGCAGGAUGCAGACGAGAUAGACGCUAUAUACAAAAAGCAAAAGAACCUGAAUUUGACUCUCCAAUACAACGAAUGUGGACAAUUGGAAAAAUGGAAAGAUUCAAGGAAAUCGAGCUGUGUAAUAAAUAUGGGCGACUGUACGUCAGUGGAUGAUACUUUCGAAAAUAUUCUCCAAGCAACGUCGGAUCAAGAGGCCGUAAUAGCGUAUUAUUAUAUGGAUGAUAACAAUAAAGUGCAAGUGACAGAAAUCUUCGAUGUAACGGAAUCAGAAUCGCAUACCAUACUUUCUUCGGAUGAAGUUGACACCAAUAAAAAACUCCAAUUCGAUGAUUGGGAUGAGCCUACAUGGUUAUCUCAACAUAAACUCAAUGACGCUACAGAGUCUCUUUACACCGACGGAAAUCAACAAAGCAUGGAAAAUUUGUCUGAUGUAUCGUUAGAAGAUGAUAUACUGGAUAGUGCAAAUAUAUUCUCUGAUCCGGAAAGUGAAUGGGAUAUGGAAAAGGACCCAGAACAAGCGGAGGUGUCUAAAUCUCCGGACAGUCGACCGGAAGUAGAUCAACCAUCCACAAGCUUACUAUAGAAAUAGGUUAAUAGCUUGUUACCACAUAUGUCGUUACCACAUAUAAUAUAAUUAAUAAUUAACUUUUUGGAUGAUAUGUUGCAAGAACAUAUGUGCGCUAUUUAAUUAAUUAUGAAUAAUUUAUAGAAUGAGACAUUUAAAUUAAUCUACUUGCAUAUUUCUAUUUUGCGUGAAUGUAUGAAAAAGUCCGGUUUGAGAAAGAAAAAUAAUGAUUUUUCAGAUUUUUAUUAUCACCGUUUAUAUAAUUAUGUUAUCUCAAAUA